AUGAAGCAACCAGUGUCCGCCAAGGUGGUGGUAGUCGAUGUGUGCAGUGUGCAGCAACGACGCAGAUAUGUCUCCGUGGGCUUUUCUGGAACAAAAAUUCGCCUGCAACUCGAUACCGCCUCAGACAUCACCGUCAUUAGCAGGGAGAUUUGGCGGAGCAUUGGCAGUCCUGCGUUAUCGUCAGCAACGGUGAAGGCGAAGACGGCAUCUGGCAGCAUACUAUCGCUCGAUGGGGAGUUCGAGUGCGACGUCACCAUCGGAAGCAGUACACGACGUGAGCUCAUCCGUGUAACCGAGAAGCAGCUGCUGUUACUCGGAUCCGAUUUGGUCGACAGUUUCAACCUUUGGGCCGUCCCUAUGGACACCUUCUGCUGCCACGUGUCUGGAACGCCAGUGUCGACAGGUGCACUCAAGUCGUCUUUUCCAGAGGUCUUCAGCGAGAAGCUCGGCUUGUGCACCAGAACAAAAUUGAAGUUGGAGUUGAAAGAAAACGUUCGACCCGUCUUCUGUCCGAAGCGUCCGGUAGCUUACGCUAUGUAUGAUACCGUUGAUCGCGAGCUCGACCGGUUAGAGAAAUUGGACAUCAUCACCCCGGUCGAUUAUUUGGAGUGGGCCGCUCCGAUCGUCGUAGUCCGCAAGUCCAAUGGCUCCAUCAGGAUUUGCGGAGACUACUCAACGGGUCUGAAUGCAGCUCUCCAAUCACAGCAGUAUCCACUUCCACUUCCGGAUGACAUCUUCGCCAAGCUGGCUAAGUGUAAGAUCUUCAGCCAGAUAGAUUUGUCCGACGUCUUCUUACAGGUGGAAGUUGACGAGCAGUACCGUAGUUUGCUGACGAUCAAUACGCAUCGUGGUCUCUACCUCUACAACCGCCUGCCGCCGGGUUUGAAGAUCACGCCUGGCGCAUUUCAGCAGCUCAUCGACACAAUGUUAGCCGGACUGAAGGGCACUUCUGGCUACCUCGAUGACGUCAUCGUCGGCGGAGAAACUGAAGAGGAGCACGACCUCAAUCUACGGGGUGUCCUGAAGCGAAUCCAAGAUUUCGGAUUCACGAUUCGUGUUGACAAGUAUUUGUUUCGCAAGCAGCAAAUCCGAUACUUGGGGCACAUCGUCGACAGUCGCGGGUUGCGACCAGAUCCGGCGAAAAUCGAGGCGAUCACCAAGCUGCCGCCUCCAGCCGAUGUAUCCGGUGUGCGAUCGUUUUUGGGGGCCAUCAACUACUACGGCAAGUUCGUCCCCAACAUGCGCAUGCUACGCUACCCGCUCGACAAUCUCCUCAAGGUGGAGACGAAGUUCAGCUGGAGUCCGGAGUGCCAGAAAGCGUUCGACCGGUUCAAGCAGAUUCACUCGUCGGAUCUUCUCCUCACACACUACGAUCCGAAGGGGGAAAUCAUCGUUUCUGCUGACGCUUCAUCCGUUGGACUUGGGGCUACCAUUAGCCAUAGGUUCCCAGAUGGAACCAUCAAGGUGGUCCAACAUGCAUCCAGGGCGCUCACGAAGGCAGAACAGGCCUACAGUCAGCCCGAUCGCGAAGGUCUGGCCAUCAUCUUCGCCGUCACGAAGUUCCACAAAAUGCUCUUCGGACGGCACUUCCGUUUGCAAACCGAUCAUCGCCCGCUGCUUCGUAUCUUCGGCUCUAAGAAGGGAAUUCCAGUGUACACUGCGAACCGCCUGCAACGCCUCGCCCUCAACUUGCUGUUCUACGACUUUGAGAUCGAGUACGUGUCCACUGAGAAGUUCGGCAACGCAGACCUGCUCUCCCGGUUGAUCGACCAGCACAUCAAGCCUGAAGAGGACUACGUCAUCGCGAGUCUCAAUCUGGAAGAGGAUAUUAGGUCAGUAGUAACUAAUACGGUUAAAGUGUUGCCUCUCAAUUUCAUAGUCGUUGCGCAAAGCACCCAAGCAGAUCCGCUGCUCCGUCAAGUCCACCGCUACGUUCAGAACGGCUGGCCCCAGUCAACACUCGAUGGGUCAGAACUUCGCCGGUUCCAAUCAAGGCAGGAAUCGCUCUCUGUGGUGGAUGGGUGUAUUUUGUUUGCCGAACGACUCGUCAUUCCGUCGCUGCAUCGGAAACGGUGCCUCGAACAGCUGAACCGUGGCCAUCCGGGCAUGCAGCGAAUGAAAGCCAUCGCUAGGAGCUACGUGUACUGGCCUACGUUGGAUGCUGACAUCGUCAGCUUCGUCAAGGCAUGCCAGCAGUGUGCGUCUGUAGCUCGAUCACCUCCUCACUCUCCACCGGUGCCGUGGCCCAAAUUGACCGCUCCGUGGCAACGCGUCCACGUCGACUUCGCCGGUCCAAUCGAAGGCGACUACUACCUGCUCGCUAUCGAUUCGUUCUCUAAGUGGCCCGAGAUCAUCCGAACGACCCGCAUCACCUCUGCUGCGACCAUCAGCAUCUUGCGUGCGUUGUUCGCGCGGCUGGGUAUGCCCGUAACCUUGGUCAGUGACAACGGUACCCAGUUUACCAGCACCGAAUUUGCCGAUUUCUGCGCUUCCAAUGGCAUCGAGCACCUCACGACAGCACCGUUUCAUCCACAAUCAAAUGGCCAGGCGGAACGAUUCGUGGAUACCUUCAAGCGAGCCGUCAAGAAAAUCCGAGAGGGGAGAGGAUCCAUUGAAGAAGCACUGGAUGUCUUCUUGCUGACGUACCGAAGCACGCCCAGUCGUGCUCUGCCGGAUCAGAAGUCGCCAUCUGAGAUCAUGUUUGGUCGCAAAAUCCGAACGUGUCUCGAGCUACUGCGUCCACCACCGGUACGUGUCCCAGUGCCAACCGACGAUGACUGCAAGCAACCGAGGUCCUUCAACCGAAACGAGACCGUGUACGCCAAACUACAUGGUCAUACCGGUUGGAAGCCACCUUAA